CAAGUACAAAACAUUUAUUAAUCUGGACGUAAAACAUAUUUCACUUUCUGUAUUUCUUUUCAUUUCUACAAAACAACAAAAACACAAGAUUUUGCUCCGGUUCUAAUACAAGGGAACUGAAAGGGAACAGAAAGAAGAACACUUGUUUGUGCAGGCCUUUUACAUCGUUUGGAUAAACAGAUAGAUUAAUUACAGUUUGAUAUAGACAAUGUUUAUCCAACUCUUCAGCAGAAGUUGACUAAAAUUUAUUGAAAUGUUUGGAUACAUAUAUUUUCUUGUCUUGUGAAAGUAAUUACAUUUUACACUUUUUUUUUCAUUAUUUAUCAGUGCAUUUUAUUGUUUUGCCUAAUCUACUGGGGUUUAUGUUCUGUAUCUAUUUAUCAAUGUUUAAUAGUUUUGUUUUAAUUUAGCUGGAAAAAGUGCGGUGGCCCCUAUCACACUACUGCCUCCGCCUGCUCAGGCAGCCCCCGCAGCUGCACUCCAGCCCGGGUUUUCCUGUCCACUCUCUCCGCUCCGGUUUGCGGCCAGCAGAGGCCGUGGGUUGCGUCUGGUGGAGGGAGAGUGAGCGGGGCUGCCCCGAAUGGAUUGACAUAAGGGGGAUUUAAACGUUAACGGGUGCGCCGUGCUUCCACGCUGGACAAAAAAAAAACCGUCCGUUUUCCCCUCGAUGCCCGCCGCCUGGUCGCCUUCCGUACCAUGUCCGCGUGUCACCGCGGAGAGAGGCUCGAGCACGCCCGCAGUCUAUAUUCGCUCGAGGAGGGAAGCCAAUUCAAGGUCUCGCUGGAGCGGAGUAUUAUUAGCUGUGCAGACAGUGCAACUGUCUCUCCGUGGUGAUGCACUGUAAUUACAGCCUAGUGAUACCAUCAUAUACACCUGAAGGUCAAACAAGCAGAUUUUGAGAAUAGUAUUUCUGGCUGAGCAUCGAUAAGGCAGACACUUGGCUCCCAUGCUGGCUUUCAAAAGUCUUCUCUCCCAUACCCUCAGCCAUGCCUGCUACUACCAAAUCCAAAAAGAGAAAAACACCUGUCCGGAGGAAAACGCAGCAAAUAGGGACCAGCACCAGGGGACAAAUCUGUAAUUCUGCUAAGCAAGGAGGACGAGUCGCACAGAAAUCCAAAAAACACCCUGCAGAUUCCAAAAAGUUAACAAAGAGGACGCAGACGCUUGGCCGGACCCUUCGUAGACGAGGAUCUGAUGAUGUGUGUCCCAAUCAAGACCUCAGAAAGUCCCAGGCCAUAAAUGCAACUGUAAACACCAGACUUAGACGAUCGAGCGGUCUGCCUGAAACCAAGCUACAAGCCCCUUCAGGACGUAGGAGGUCUCUGCGGGAAACACACCUCUCUGUUACCCCCUCUCUGAAACAGAAGAGAGGACGAAAAACCAGCUCAGAGAGUGGAGCAGCACCCCAGCACCAAAACACAAAACGCCAGACCUCAAGCACCAGCAUCAACGAGUCAUCUUUUGACGAAGAAAAAGCAAAAGACAGCCACACAAAUGAAGAACUUUCAUUGCUUUGUGCUGAAGCCAAUGUUCCUGCAGGAAUCAAAGACCAGAGCCUUGGUGUCGGUGACACAAAAGAGAGCGGGGCCUCCAAGGUCCCUUCACCAGAAGGCACUGACAUGUUGGACGACAGUUUGCCGCUUGGAUGUGACAGACAUGCUGCCCACCAAGACCAAAAGACUGUCAUCAGCGACGGUGACAGCGACUCCAAGCAUGUUUCUGGGCAUCCAGUGUGUGUCGAGACGGACGAGCAGCCCACACUCUGCAGCGGAGGCAGUAAAGACUGCCCUUCUGGCACCUCAGAGUUAACGAGCUCAUCAGGGGUGCAAGACAGCAAUGGAAACGGCAAUUUAUCUUUUCCUGGAAAUGAGAGUGAUCUGCUUGCCAAUGAUCACAAGCCAGAUGGUGCUUUUUCUCUUCAAGAAGAACAGGGGAACGUGUUGGGCACAAAAGGCAAACCAAUGGACGAAAGCGUGUCAGUUCGUCAAGAAAUUGAGGAGAUAAACUAUGAGAGAGGAGGAAGUCUGCAAGAGGAGACGGCGACUGAGACACAACAGGAGACUGUGGAAGAGAUGGAGGGGACUGUUGAGAGGCUUGGUAAUUGUGAGGGUGAAGCCAAAAGGGGUGAAAUAAUUGAAAACAGGGUUUCUGGUGGUCCUACUGACUCUCAAAUCAGCCUUCCAGCACGUCAAACCCCACAUCCACUUUCCUCUAACAAUCAGCUCGCAGCACAGUCAGAUUUGCCUGCUCCUGCACUACUUUUCAGCAACCAAACUACCUCAAGUCCCACCAAAGUCCUCUGCACGUCAGAGGACUUGAGCCAGCAUAAGACAGACGUUAUACCUGUCACUGAUGGUGCUAAACUUCUAGUCCCGGGGUCAUCAGCGGUCCCUGAUACUGCCUUGACAGUGCAGACUGUUAUCGUGAAAAGAAACAUGCCGGUGAUCGUCCACAGGGACUCUCUCAAACCUAUGAGUUUUGGGGAAAACAGCUUUGGGGGAUCAUUCCAGUUCCAGAGAUCAGUGAUUCCUCAGCCUCAAGGAGAAAGAGGAACUCGCUCCACAGCUGAGACCAAAGAUCUGGACUUCCAGCAACAUGGAUUCAGCUGUCAGAAAGAGGCAUUUCCACCACCAUUUCCUCAGCCUGGUGUAGCUCCAUCCGAGCCAACAGACACCUUUGAGGCUGGAAUGCCAGAGCAGGACUUGGUACCAAAGACCUCUGCUCCUCUGGACAGUAGCUCUACCUUUUCCUGCAGCUCCGAAAGCACUCGCUCCUCUUUUUCCUUUGACACUGAAUCAGAGUCGGGGUAUGGAGAACCCACCCCAUCUACCUUGUCGGAACGAUGGGGGCAAGAGGAGGCCGGUUUGCUCUUUUCGUCGUCUCCAAAACUGAAGCGGAAGGAGAGGAAGAAGAGGAACAGGUGUGGGACUUGUGAGCCGUGCUUGAGGAAGAUUAACUGUGGCCUGUGCAGCUGCUGCCUGAAUCGCAGGACGUGUCACCAGAUCUGUAAGCUGAGGAAGUGUGUGGAGCUCAAGAGAAGAAAACCUUCAUCUUCACCCGGUUUUUCUGCUAAAGAGGUGAUUCCAGAAAGUGGGUCGGUAAAUGGCAAAAGCAAGGCACAGAUGGAGGACACCCACAUGGCAGCAGAGGAGGAUGAGGGGGAGGAAGGUCACAUACCUCAUACGCAAACCACCCUCGUCUCUCAGUCCCUCGUCCACAACCUUGCCUUGGACCUAGGUGGACGAGCAGCACUUAUUAAAAGUGAGGCCGGCCUGGAGCGGACCAGCUUUGCACUUCAUCGAUGUUUAAGCUCUUUCUCAAAUGUUCCGAAUGGUUCUGUAGAGAACCCUUUAAGAGCCAAUGGUGCUAAUCUAACCAGAGGGCCUGACCUGAAAUCUACCUGUAAAAGGACUUUAGAGCCUGAAAGAUCUACAAUAACUAAAAGAACUUCUGAAAAUGGACCCAAGACUCCUGCAGAUGACAUGUUAGCUCCACUAAAGAGGAUCAAACAGGAGGAGCCAUGGGCGUGGAUCACCGAGCAGAGCGCCCCAGUGCUGAGAGAUGACGACCACGUUUGCGAAGACCCUUUAUCUACUCUGGCGGCUGUAGUCUGUUUGUCAGUUACAGAGAGGAGAGGUCUGGAGGAAAAGCUUUUCAGCAGACGAUCUUCCAUUCUUCGUUCCAUCAAAACAGAACCCCCAGAUUUGCACUUUGUCAAAAAAGAGGAAAACUACUUAAACGAUGACUGGUGUCCGAAAAGCACUCCUUUAAACACGAAGAGGACUCCCCAUACCAUAAAAUGUGAACCCUCUCCAAGUGUGCUGUUACCAAGCGUACAGUAUUUGGCAGAAAGAAGAAAUCUUAGUUUUGAUCAAGCCGUUGCUAUAGAGGCCUUAACUCAGCUGGCAGCUAUUCCUCAAAGCGCCCAAGGUGCCAUCAAACCAGAAAAUAAUCAUGAACAUCACAUGUCUACUGCUUCCACGUGUUCAAAUUCCAAAACAAAUACCGCCCUGCAGGAAGCUAAACCAAUGUCAGCUAUUUGCUACAACAAAGUCUCGGUUAUCAGCUCACCCCUUCACCAGAUGUCGGUCAUACGCCCUCCUGUGGCCAGGCAAGGAAAUGUUAUCCAGUGCUCCCGGGGGUUGAACCCCGACACAAAGGUUCUGGUGCCGGACCGUUUAGAGAAAAUCUCCAGAGAUAGAACAGCUUUCAGAUUGGGAGAAAGAGGGAACGCUUCCCAUUCCAUCAGGUUAGACUCCAGUCAGAUGAAGUUCAGUUCGGCUCACGAUCAGUUAAGUCAGGUGGACGGUGCCAGGAGUCAAAGCAAAGUUGUGAGGAACAGUGAUGAGGAGGAAGUGGCGGCUCAACUAGCUGAUCUCGCUUUCAUCAUCCAGUCACGCCACAAUCAACAAUCAGAGAAUAACCCUCCAAAGGGAACGCCAGUGUCUGCUAUUAAAUACAACAACAACCAUAAGCUCCAGCUCCAGUCUCUCAGUCAGAAAAACCCUCUCGCAAGAAAACAAAAAUCCACGCCCUCCAAGCCCAGAAAGAGGAAAAGUGAUGGAUUACAGGAACCACACAACCGAAGGACUCCCCUCUCAAAGCGCAUGCCAAAUGGAGAGAUACCCCACAGGGGGAAAGGUCACAAGAGCCUCCAGCAAGGGAAAUCAGGCCCUCACCUCAAGAAUAACUUGUUUCUGCCUCAGGCUCAAAUUGAUCUGAAGAAAUACUUAGCGGCAGCUCAGGAGGAAAGGAGUAAUGUUCAUGGUGCAAGUCUCUUUGGGCAGCAAACUCUGAACUUAAGCACUCUAACAAAGAGCAAUCACGACAGUGGUCAAGAAAACCAUCCAUGGUCCUUCUCUAAUGGUCCACUUCACAAACACAACACAUGCAAUGGUUAUGCUGCAGGACCAGACGAUGUCUCAUCUCAGGUAGGAAAGCCCUGUGGUGGGCUGCAAAACACCAGCAUAGAAAAAACGGCUUUUCCAAGCCACUCAACGGGACACCAUAGCUGGGCUAAUGGAUUCUCACGGACUCCUCAGUCUCCUCCUCCAAGCCAACAAAGCUAUUACAAGCUGGAGAGGUCAGGACCUGUAGCUGUCCUGUCCACGGCAACUGAUGGGGUUCAGGACCACUCUGCAGAGUCCACUCCAACCAAGAACAACAUCAACAACUUUCUAGAGUCUCCAAUGAGUUAUCUGGAUACCCCUACCAAGAACCUGAUCAACACUCCUUCCAAAAAACUCGCUGAUCUUCCAUCCUGUCAGUGUGUGGACCAAAUCAUUGAAAAGGAGGAGGGCCCUUAUUACACUCAUCUUGGGGCAGGACCCAGUGUUGCUGCAGUGAGAGAAAUGAUGGAGAACAGGUAUGGUGCCAAAGGAAAUGCAAUAAGGGUUGAAGUGGUUGUUUACACGGGGAAAGAAGGCAGGAGCUCCCAGGGUUGUCCGAUAGCUAAAUGGGUGAUCAGGCGUGGCAGUGAAGAGGAGAAGCUGCUGUGUUUGGUCCGCCAGAGGCCGGGCCACUCCUGUGACAGCGCUGUGUUGGUCAUCCUCAUUUUGGCCUGGGAGGGAAUCCCUCGGCCAGUGGCGGACCACCUUUACCGGGAGCUUACAGACACCCUCUUUAAAUACGGCUCCCCGACCAGCCGUCGCUGUGCCCUCAAUGAAGAUCGCACGUGUGCCUGUCAAGGGUUGGACCCGGACACUUGCGGAGCCUCCUUUUCCUUCGGCUGCUCCUGGAGUAUGUAUUUCAAUGGCUGUAAAUUUGCUCGCAGCAAAGUGCCCCGCAAGUUUCGCCUUCAUGGAGACUUUCCAGAGCAGGAAGAAAAGAUAGAGAACAAUCUGCAGAAUCUCGCCUCAGACCUUGCACCACUCUACAAAAAACUGGCGCCACAGGCUUUCCAGAACCAGGUAGAGCAUGAGGUGGCAGGGAGUGACUGCCGGCUGGGCAGAGAGGAGGGUCGUCCUUUUUCUGGAGUCACAGCGUGUGUGGAUUUUUGUGCUCAUGCUCACAAGGACACUAGCAACAUGAACAAUGGCAGCACUGUGGUUUGCACUCUAACAAAGGAAGAUAAUCGCGCUGUGCGGAAUAUUCCAGAGGAUGAGCAGCUCCAUGUGCUGCCGCUUUAUAAGGUCUCUGAUACGGAUGAGUUUGGAAUGGUUGAGGGCCAGUGGGCCAAAAUCCAAAGUGGUGCUCUGCAGAUUCUGUCUGCUUUUCCUCGCGAGGUGCGUCUGCUGGCUGAGCCUGUGAAAUCAGCUCGGAAGAUCAGACAAGAGGCUCGUCUGAAGGCUCAAGCGGAGAAGAUGGAGAAGAAGCUCGGGCUGAGCUCUCCCAGUCCAGCCAAAGUGAAAACUGAGAUCGCCAGCAAAGACUACUACAGUGCUUACAGACCACCACCCAGACCUUCUACUGCUGAAAAGUCAACCCCAGAGAGAAGUCAAACCAGCGCUUACAGCCAAGGCACCAGCAGCUGCUCCACCUCAGGGGUUCCUCCACAAAGGGGAGUCAUCUCAUCCAACCACCACGGCCUGCCUGACCUCCAGUUUGGGCAGAAUGGUUCAGUUCUCAACUGUAGAAUAGCGGGUGACCCAAUCGACGGUCAUUGUCCUGCACCUGGUGAGCUGGGUACACCAGUAGAGCAUAUGAUUCCCACCCAGAACGACUAUCUUUUUAAAACUGAGCCCAACAAGGUGCACUGCUCUCCUCUCGACAGACUCCCCCCCAGUGGUCCCCCUCCUUCCUCCUUCUCCCCCAGACCUACCUCUGAGGGUCUCUUCAGCCGACUCAAUGGACUUCAUGGGGCAGUAGGGGAAGUCCGAGGUCAUGGUUUCCCUCCAGGUUUACCUCCCCCACAACCAACUCCCCCAACUGAAGCAGAGCUUUUGAAGCAAGAGGAAGUGUGGUCAGACAGUGAGCACAAUUUCUUGGACAGUGAUAUAGGCGGGGUCGCUGUGGCACCAUCACACGGCUCCAUCCUGAUUGAAUGUGCACGGCGAGAACUCCACGCCACCACUCCCAUCCUCAGGCCGAACCGCAGCCACCCCACCCGGAUCUCCCUGGUCUUUUACCAGCACAAGUCCCUCAAUGAGCCAGGCCACGGGAUGGCUAUGUGGGACGCAAAAAUGGCCAAACGAGAGCGGGAUCGGGAGGAAGAAGCUGAAAGAUCAAGAAUAGAGGCCGGCCUGGGCAAAGACGGGAAGGACGGCAAGGAAAGGAGAGAAGAGGACGCAGGUGAGGCGACGAGGAGGAUCAUGAAUGUCCCGACCCGUCAGGCUUGGACUCUUCCAAGGGAUGGCGUCAUCACUGUGUCUCCUUAUGCUCUCACUCAAGUGACGGGCCCUUACAACCGCUGGACCUAAUCAGCAAGUUUGAAAUCCUCACAGAGCUCCCACACCGUGUGCUUCUGCCUUACCUCACUUAACUUUAAACCGCUACUUUCAUUUUUAUGUGCUUUUCUAAAACCUGUUGACUUUGUCCUUCUGAGGACUAAAGCUUGUUUGCUUUUAACUGUGACUUUCGGUGUUGGUUUCAUUGUAAACAGAUGGUGCUUUGAAAAGUUUAAAGAUGUUUUUAAACUGGUUUUAUACACUUAAGAACAAAAAAAAAAAGAUGUGAUUAUUUAUUCUAAUCAUAAAAAUUUCUAUUUAAUUUCUGGUAUAAGCCUGUUUACUGCAAGAUUUUUAUGGUAAUCUGUACAGUGAGAGUUUACUUUUUAUUUCAGCCGAUAGUUCUCCUAUCACGAAACAUUUGGCUUUUACUUUGGUGCCAUUCUCACUGUCAUCUCUAAUUGCAUUAAGUUGUCAAAUAUUCGGCAUGUAUUUACUACAAAUUGUGACAUGUAGCAUUGUGCUUUUCCUUUUGCUGUUCCUGACUUGGUGAUUUAUGGGCGAUAUGUGCUACCUUGGUUUGUUGUGCAACAUCUGGAUCAUGUUUCUUGUUAUUCACAGAUUUUUACAGCAUAUUAAGAAGCACUUUUUACAAUUUUUUAUGAACUUGAAAAAGUAGUCCGCAAACCGGAACUAUGUAAACCUCUUUUUAAGUAACGUUUGGCGUAUCUGUUCUUUUUACAGUAUUCCUGGAUUUGUUUAAACAUCAUAAUCAUGAUAGCUUAAUCUUUACAUGCUGCAACAAAAAAGAGCUCAACACUUCCGCACUUAACUGAUUAAGCUCCUGGAAUUUGAGUUUUUCAUGGUGAACAAUAGAAAAUCAGAUACUUACUGUAAAUUUCACUUGGUGCUACAGAAGCCUUUUUUUUUUUUUUACAGAAACCGCGCUGUAUCUGAUAAAUGUCGGCCUUUUGUGCCCAAACUAUGGAAACGAACACCAAUCGAACUCUUCCCUGUGUUGCCUCAUGGCUGUUUUAUGUUGCUGAAUCACUCAGACUUCACUGAAAAGAUAACCGACCGACAAUGAAUUUGAGUGCACAGAUCACAUGAGGACUUUGUUCACAGAUACAGGGUUACAGGGUUUGAACGGGGGUUUCUGCAGACCCUCUAAAUGAAUCAGGAAUCUAAAUAAGUGAAGCUCUUCAAUUUAAGGACAAACGUUAGCACAAACCUUCACUGGCACUCAUAUUAACACUGAUGGCAGACCAGUUUCUGUACAACUUUGACACACUUAUUUGGUGCUAAUAGGAGAAUGUGUAAAGGUACAGAAGUUGACCUUUUUCAUAUAUUUAAUCACUCUGGUGGCUUGGUGCUUUUCUUUGAAAUCCCUCUUUAAUUGAGUUUAUUAUUUCUUUGGAUCUUGACACCAGACUGGGAUGUAAAGGCCAGGAUGCUUGUUAAGUGCCAGACUUAAACCACAUCUUUGUGGCACUGAUCCUGAGUUCAAGUGUCUUCCACACAUAACCCAGUCUUUUUUAGUAAUGAAAAAUAAAAAUAAAAUCCUACAUUCAAAAGAAAGGAAUGUAUCAAAUCAGUUGAUUUGCAAAGACAUGUUAAUGAGCAGCACAUCGUCAAACUGAAGUAGUGCGUGUUUCUUUCCUAUAGUUGUGGGGGACUUUGUGAAUGGAACAUUUUUAGAAGGAGUAAACAUCGAGCACCAGCAUUCAGAAAUGUAAAUAUGUAUGUGAACCACAUUGUUUUUACUGUAUUGUUAAUGGUGUUUAGACGAUGGGUGGUCUCUGUUUUUUUUUUUUUUUUUUUUUAACUCAAUUACUGUAUGUUGCUGAAAGUAUUUCCAGUUUAGACUUGAGAAGAGACACAUUUUAGCAUUCCUUUUACGGAUGGCUGAUCUCUUUCGGGAUUGUUAAAUAAAGUCAUAUUUAUAUUUUGGA